GCCAGAGCUCACGGAAGGACGUGAGCCCGGAACGCUGAAGCGAUUGGCUGAGAGGGCACUUCCGGCGAGCCUCUCUCUGGCGCCAAAAUGUCGCUCGUGGCGGGGGUUAUCCGGCGGCUGGACGAGACGGUGGUGAACCGCAUCGCGGCGGGGGAAGUUAUCCAGCGGCCGGCUAAUGCCAUCAAAGAGAUGAUUGAGAACUGUUUAGAUGCAAAAUCCACAAGUAUUCAAGUUGUUGUUAAAGAAGGAGGCCUGAAGUUGAUUCAGAUCCAAGACAAUGGCACUGGAAUCAGGAAGGAAGAUCUGGAUAUUGUGUGUGAGAGGUUCACGACAAGCAAGCUGCAGUCCUUUGAGGAUUUAGCCAGCAUUUCUACCUAUGGCUUUCGUGGUGAGGCUUUGGCCAGCAUAAGCCACGUGGCUCAUGUUACUAUUACCAGCAAGACCAGUGAUGGAAAGUGUGCAUACAGAGCAAGUUACUCAGAUGGAAAGCUGAAAGCUCCUCCUAAGCCAUGUGCCGGCAAUCAGGGGACCCAGAUCACGGUGGAGGACCUUUUUUACAACAUAGCCACAAGGAGGAAAGCUUUAAAAAAUCCAAGCGAAGAGUAUGGGAAGAUUUUGGAAGUUGUUGGCAGGUAUUCAAUACACAAUUCAGGCAUUAGUUUUUCGGUUAAAAAACAAGGAGAGACUGUGGCUGAUGUCCGAACGUUACCUGGCGCCACAACUGUGGACAAUAUUCGCUCCAUCUUUGGAAACGCUGUUAGUCGAGAGCUGAUAGAAGUUGGGUGUGAGGAUCCAACCCUCGCUUUCAAAAUGAAUGGCUACAUAUCCAAUGCGAACUACUCAGUGAAGAAGUGCAUCUUCUUGCUGUUCAUCAACCAUCGCCUGGUAGAAUCGACCUCCUUGAAGAAAGCCAUAGAAACGGUGUAUGCAGCGUAUUUGCCCAAAAACACACACCCGUUCCUGUACCUCAGUUUAGAAAUCAGCCCCCAGAAUGUGGAUGUCAACGUGCACCCUACAAAACACGAAGUUCACUUCCUGCACGAGGAGAGCAUCCUGGCGCGCGUGCAGCAGCACAUUGAGAGCAAGCUCCUGGGCUCCAACUCCUCCCGCAUGUACUUCACCCAGACUUUGCUGCCAGGACUUGCUGGCCCCUCUGGGGACGUGAUUAAACCUACAGCAGGAGCGACCUCUGCCCCUGCCUCCGGAAGUGGUGACAGGGUCUAUGCCCAUCACAUGGUCCGCACAGAUUCACGGGAACAGAAGCUCGAUGCCUUCCUGCAGCCUGUGAGCCAGCCGCUGUCGAGUCAGCCUCCGGCCACUGUCCCAGAGGGCCGGACAGACGGUUCCAGUGGCGGGGCCGGGCAGCCAGACGAGGAGAUGCCGGAAGUCCCGGCCCCUGCUGAAGCAGCUGCUGAGACUCGGAGCUUGGAGGGGGAUGUGACAAGGGGGACUCUGGAAACAUCAGAGAAGAGAGGCCCCAGCUCCAGCCCAGGCCUCCCCAGAAAGAGAAGUCGAGAAGAUUCUGCUAUGGAAAUGAUGGAAGAUGAUUCCCGGAAGGAAAUGACAGCAGCCUGCACGCCCCGGAGGAGAAUCAUUAACCUCACCAGCGUGUUGAGUCUCCGUGAAGAAAUUAAUGAGCGGGGACAUGAGACUCUCCGGGAGAUGCUGCGUAACUACUCCUUUGUGGGCUGUGUGAAUCCGCAGUGGGCCCUGGCACAGCAUCAGACCAAGCUGUACCUCCUCAACACCACCAAACUGAGUGAAGAGCUCUUCUACCAGAUACUCAUUUAUGAUUUUGCCAAUUUUGGUGUUCUGAGAUUAUCGGAGCCGGCUCCGCUCUUUGACCUGGCCAUGCUGGCCUUGGACAGUCCGGAGAGUGGCUGGACGGAGGAGGACGGCCCCAAGGAGGGGCUCGCCGAGUACAUCGUCGAGUUUCUGAAGAAGAAGGCCGAGAUGCUUGCCGACUAUUUUUCCCUGGAAAUUGAUGAGGAAGGGAACCUAACUGGAUUACCCCUGCUGAUCGACAACUACGUGCCCCCUCUGGAGGGCCUGCCUCUCUUCAUCCUUCGACUGGCCACUGAGGUGAACUGGGACGAAGAAAAGGAAUGCUUCGAGAGCCUCAGUAAAGAAUGUGCUAUGUUCUACUCGGUCCGGAAGCAGUACAUAUCUGAGGAGUCGACCCUGUCAGGCCAGCAGAGCAAAGCCCCUGGCUCCAGCGCGAACUCCUGGAAGUGGACCGUGGAACACGUUGUGUAUAAGGCCUUCCGCUCACACCUGCUGCCCCCGAAACACUUCACUGAAGAUGGAAACAUCCUGCAGCUUGCUAACCUGCCCGACCUCUACAAAGUCUUUGAGAGGUGCUGAGUCUGGUCUUGUGAACUCUGGGCUGUGUUCUCUCUGUCCUCACGUUGCUGCUGGGACAGAAGGCUGAAGACGGGCAGUGCUCCUUCAUGCUUGGUGAUCGACUAUAAAUAAACAGUCAGGUGUGUCCUAACAUGGCUUCUGAUUAAAGUUCAUUGCAUAUGGAAGUUUUCUAGAACAGUUUUCACCUAGGGCACACUUGAUUGGGUUGAACUAUCCCAAAAGAACUUCCAAAGCCUCCUGGGCAUAUGAGGUUUUUUUUUUU